CAACCUCAUGUUACCUUUAGGUUGGCGAUGGCAUCCUGAAAAACCUUGAUGCAACCGAAGAGAUGAUGCAAAUAGCAGAUCCUGGAAAGUAUUAUAAUGUUUCCAGUUAUAGGGCAUUAAACGAUAUUGUGUCCUCGCUGGAAAGAGGGAUAAUUGGAACUAAAGAUCCUGGGACAGAGAUUGCUUUCGUUCUGGAUGGCUCUGGCAGCAUUCAAGAUGAUGACUUUCAGAAAGCGAAAGACUUUAUCUACAAUGUCAUGUCCAAUGUUUGGAAAACAUGUUUCGAUUGUAAUUUUGCAAUAGUGCAAUACGGUAGUUUGAUCAGAACUGAACUCUUGUUACUAGACAAUGAGGAUCGCGCGGGAUCCUUGCUAAAGGUCAAACAAAUAAAGCAAAUUUACAAUCUCACAAAGACGGCCUCUGCCAUCAAUCACGUCCUCACAGAUAUCUUCAUCCCUGAGAAGGGAUCAAAAAAUAACACUGCAAAAAUAAUAAUCGUCUUGUCUGAUGGAGAGAUUCUGGAAGACCCUAUGACUCUUGAUGAAGUUUUGAACAAGCCCCAAAUGAAAGGUGUCACUCGCUACUCCAUAGGGGUUGGCGAUGGCAUCCUGAAAAAACCUAAUGCAGUCAAAGAGAUGAUGCAAAUAGCAGAUCCUGGAAAGUAUUAUAGUGUUUCCAGUUAUGGCGCAUUAAAUGAUAUUCUGUCCUCACUGGAAAGAGAGAUAAUUGGAACUGAAGGAGACUCUGUCACAACAACGGUCCUGCAGAUCAACUAGUGCAUCUAAGCCAAGGGCCAUACACCCUCGAGGACCAUAUGUCUUUCACCACUGCCAGAACCACAGCUGCAAGAAUCUUCGAUGUCGCUGCUUGCCACUGCCACAAGAGCCUGCUGACCCACCAAGGUUGCCUGAACCACUGGUGCCUACUGACCUAGAGCCUCCUAACCCUAUGCCUCCUAACCCAGAGAAAUCAGAUUCAGCUCUGCUCCACACUCCAGGCUGUCCACGAAUCAGAGACAAGCUUGUGAAUGUUUAGAUUUUUUUCCUUAAAGUACAGCUUAACAGUAACAAAAACUGAUAUAAUUAAUAUUUUUAUAUUUUUAGAAAAUUGUGAAUAGAUUUUAUUAACCAGGUUAUAUAAACAUUUUGAAUGUAAGAUAACAUAGCAGUUUUAAAAUAGCAACAUUCUGUUUUUACCUCAUUUGUGUUUAAUAUAAACAUUUAAAAGGUCACACUUUACAAUAAGGUUCAUUAGUUAAUGUUAAUUAAUGCAUUUACUAACAGGAACAAACAAUGAACAAUACA